AUCAGCUGUCAGGCGGACGAGGCCGGACUUCCGGCGUGUGUAGUUGUCAUGGAGACAGCUGGUGCUGGGUAACAGAGUCACUUCCGGUGUCAUCACUACAGGUCUCAGCUGGUAGCACCUGCAUUACUGGCAGUGUGGGUGUACAGUCUAGCGUCCCCUUUCCCUAGACUGACAGCAUGCAGAAGCGGCCGCUAUUUUGAUGCAGCGCACAGUGGUAGUAGCUGGCGGUGGGAUCAGCGGGCUGACGGCCUGUUACCACCUCAUUAAAGAUGCCAAAGUGUCUAAGGUGAUACUGCUCGAGGGGAGCAACAGGCUGGGGGGCUGGAUGCACUCCACCCGGACAGAAGACGGAGCUGUAUUUGAGCAUGGUCCUCGCGGGAUGCGGCCGGCAGGAGUGGUGGGGAAGAACACGCUAUGUAUGAUCUCCGAGCUCGGAUUAGAAGGGGAACUUCUUCCAGUCCCCAGGGACCACCCGGCCGCCAAGAACCGCUACCUCUACGUCAAGAAGUCCCUGCACAAAAUGCCUUCCAGCAUAGGGGAGGUUUUGCGCACCAUCCCGCCGUUCACCAGGCCCCUCUUCCUUUGUGGCCUCAGAGACCUGACUGCUCCGCGGGGACCUCGGGAAGACGAGAGCAUCCAUGAUUUCUUUACACGCCGCUUUGGGAAAGAGCUGGCUGACAUCGUCGUAGACAGCCUGUGCCGGGGCGUGUUUGCCGGUGACUGCCGCAAGCUCAGCCUGCGCUCCUGCUUCCCCUUCCUGCAUGAGGCAGAACGCAGGAGGAGGUCGGUGAUCCUGGGCAUGGUGACCGGAGGAGGAGAGACCCCACUGAUCGACUCGCCGCUGAUCCAGAGAUCCAAGAAAGAGCGCUGGAGCCAGUGGUCCCUGCGGGGCGGCAUGCAGACCCUCUCCGAGGCCCUGGAGGAUUACAUCAGGCAGAAAGGGGUGGAGGUUCACAAGGACACCCCGGUGGAGGGACUGGAGAUAGGAGGCGACCGGCGCUGGCAGGUCAGACUUCCACAUGGCAGCAUUGCAGCAGACCACGUGUUCAGCGCAGUGCCGGCUGCAGGUCUAAGCCGGCUGCUGGCCCCCGUGGCCCAGCCCAUGGCGACUAUCCUGCAUGAGCUGAGUGCCGCCUCCGUGGCCGUGGUGAAUCUGGAGUACGAGGGGGACAUUUUACCUAUAUCUGGUUUUGGGCACCUGAUCCCGUCCUUUGAGGAUAGGGCUGUGCUGGGCAUCGUGUACGACUCUCUGGCUUUCCCAGAACACAACAGACGCGGCACCGCCUCUACCCGGCUGACGGUGAUGCUGGGUGGCGCCUGGUUUGAGAGCAGCCUGGGUGAUCCGGACAAGGUGCCCCUUGAAAAGCUGUUGAAUUUGGCAACGGAAGCGGCUGCGACACAGCUGGGACUCAGCGGGAAACCGACCCGAGCCAUUACCAACCUGAAUAAGAGCUGCAUUCCUCAGUACACGCUGGGACACUGGAAGCGGAUGGAAAACCUCUUCACGUACAUCCGGCAGAACCAUCUACCUCUCAGCCUCAUCGGCGCCUCCUACGAGGGCGUAUCUGUCAACGACUGCAUCUACAACGCCAAGAAAUCCGUCUACAGCUUGACAGGGUGCUAGUGCAAGAACCUGCUUGUCCAAUGACCGCUGUGCAUUCAGAGACUUACCGUCCUGCGGUGUGACGAAUGGUUGUCAGCCGCACGUUGCCAGGUGUAUAACAACCUAAGGAUAAGCAGAUUAUCAGUAACCAGAAUGCCAGUGACAGAAUUUAUUACUUAUCUCACUGUAAAAUAAAUGGUGCACACUUACCUUUA